AUGUCCUAUGACCGCUUGAGCUCCCUGGAGGCUCAGUCCGGCUUCCGCCGCGAAGAAGACUCAGUAUACCGCGAUGAUCCUGGCUUCGACCAUCUCGCGGAAUCGCUCUCUGAUCAGUUGUUCACACUGACCUCCAAUAUCUCUCGCUUGUCAAACCAGAUUGCACUCCUGGGAACAAAGCGAGAUACUGAACGAGUGCGGGAAAGGGUCCACAAUCUCUUGGAGGAGACUCGAACCGGGUUCAAGGAUGUGGGAGAGGGCCUGAAGAAGAUCCAGACUUGGGAGGACGUGAACCCAUCGCAAAAAUGGACUCAACAAAAGCUGUCAUCCGAAUUCAAAGCAAGCCUGGACGAGUUCCAGACCGUCCAGCGGCGUGCCUUAGAGAAACAGCGUGCGUCCGCAGUUGCCGCGCGAACCGCCAUGGAAGACACAGAACCCGGAGUUGCCGAUAGUGAGGGUCACUUGCAGCAGCAACAAUUGGAGGAGCAGUCUCGCCUGGCUAACCAGGGCGAGGUUGACUUCCAGGAAUCUCUGAUCAUCGAGCGAGAGACAGAGAUCCGCAACAUCGAACAGAGCGUUGGCGAAUUGAACGAACUAUUCCGCGACGUCGCACAUAUUGUUCAUGAGCAGGGUGGCCAGCUCGAUAUCAUCAGCGAGAACGUCCAGAACGUCACUCAGGACACCCGUGGGGCAAACACUGAGUUGCGCAGUGCCAGCCGAUAUCAGAAGAACGCACGCAAUAAGGCAUGCUGCUUGCUUGUCAUUCUUGCUGUUAUUCUGACGAUUAUUAUUCUUGCUGUUGUUCUCGGAUAG